AUGCCCGCCCCGCUGCUCCCGUUCCUGCUUCGGAUGCUGCUGUCCCGCCUGCUGCUGCCCGCCGCCCGCCUGGCCCGCCGGCACCUCCUGCCCCUGCUGCGUCGCCUGGCCCGCCGCCUGGGCUCCUGGGACUUGCGGGAGGCUUUGCUGAGCUGUCUGCUGUUCCUCCUCAGCCAGAGACACCAGCCAGACUCUGGAGAGGCCUCCAGAGCGGCCCGCCCUGAGAGGAGGGAGAGGGUAGCCCCACAGAAAUGA